GUACUUGAAUAAUAUUUAUUAUAAUGAUUAAUGUAUACAUAAAAUCUAUAAAAUAAAAUAUAAAAUAUUAUUUAUAGAAUAUAGAAAAAAUCAAGACUUGUAAUUUAAAUUUGUAAUUUUAGAUUUGAAAAAUUUCAAAUCAUACAAGCAUGCGUCCAAAGAUGCAUGUCAAACGAAUCACGUGAUUAUCGAGUACUUAACAUGGCCGCACCCAUUGUAAAAGUUCGAGAUAUCGCGUUGAUUAAUGAUUAGUUUAAGAAUAAACUAAAAUUCCGUUAAAUUUGAAUUUAUUUUUGUUUUAAAUUGAAAUGAUUCGAAAGUUUAAUAUACAAUGGUAUUGUCGUUGUUUGAAAAAUUUUUCGCGAUGUAUGCAUGUACGUACGUGGAAAGAAGAACAUUGGGCAUGUAUGCACGUAUAUCGCAUGUAUGCUCGUAUUUCGUAAAUAAACAAGAUCAGUAAAUCAAUCGAUAAAAUGUCAAUUGACAGUGUCAUUUUAAAUAUUGUAAUUGAAAAAUUAAAAAAUAAAUAUAAAAUGUUAAUUAUCAAAAAUAACGAUUCUAUUUAAAUAAAACAAGGUACAAAGAUCACGUACGUACCUGUAGCGUACGGUAUAUUUAGAUAGUGUAAUGCUUUAAUAUUAUGAUACAUAUAUAUAAUGUUACGUGAAAAUUAUGUGUAACAUAUUUUGUCAUUGAAAGAAAGAUGUAUAGAUGAAUAUAUAAAAAUAUGUAUGUAUGUUGUUUGCUUUUAUGAAUGUAUGUAUAUGAUUUACAUAUAUCACAUAUUACACAUGCUGCAUAUGUAAUAUAUCAUAAAGAUAAUAAUAAUUGUGUAUUCGUGGUAAAUGGAAAAGAAAAUUUAUCGAGUGAUUAGUCAAAAAAAUAUGCGGUUAGAAGAAAUGCCAUUACGUUUAAGCUCGGAUGAGCGAGAUUUUGAAAUGGAUGAAGAAACUGACUAUCUUCUCCAACCUUCUGAAGAUAGUAUACGACUUUUAACUUCACGAAGACGACGAAUAAAUAAUUUUUCUAUAUUCCUCAGGAGUUGCUUUUGCGGAUGUUGUACCUGGAUGUGGAGAAGAUGUUGCAGAGAACGUGAAUUAAGAGCCAGGGUUAUUCAAAUUGGUCAACUAAUGCAUGAAAAAUUUCCUACUAAUGUCAUCAGAAAUCAGAAAUAUAAUAUUGUCACAUUUUUACCUUUGGUUCUUUUCCAACAAUUCAAAUUUUUUCUAAAUUUAUAUUUUUUGCUUAUGGCCAUAUCACAAUUCAUACCAGAUAUACGAAUAGGAUAUUUAUAUACAUAUUGGGGACCUCUAUGUUUUGUGUUAACUGUUACAAUUUGUCGAGAAGCAAUUGAUGAUUUUAGACGAUACAAAAGAGAUAAAGAAGUCAAUGCCCAAAAAUAUUAUAGAUUAGUAAAAGGUUUUGAUACUCCAGAAUUAGUACCAAGUUCUAAACUGCGAGUGGGUGAUUUGGUUAUUGUAGAAAAAGGUCAAAGAGUUCCAGCUGAUUUGGUUCUUUUACGAACCACAGAAAAAUCUGGUGCAUGCUUUGUAAGAACUGAUCAAUUAGAUGGAGAAACAGAUUGGAAAUUACGAUUGGCUGUACCAGCUACACAAAAAUUAGAAAAUAAUUCUCAACUAUUCGAUAUAAAAGCUAGCAUAUAUGUUGAGAAACCACAAAAAGAUAUUCACAGUUUUAUUGGAACAUUUACAAGGUAUGAUGGAUAUAGCAGUGAAGAAAGUUUAGGUGUGGAUAAUACUCUAUGGGCCAAUACGGCAAUUGCAUCAGGUUCAGCUCUUGGUGUUGUAGUUUAUACUGGACAAGAAACUAGAUCUCUCAUGAAUCAUUCUGCACCACGAUCGAAAGUUGGUUUAUUAGAUCAGGAAAUAAAUCAAUUAACAAAAGUUUUAUUUUGUGCUGUAAUUGGAUUAGCAUUAGUAAUGAUGUCUUUAAAAGGAUUUAAUGGACCAUGGUAUCGUUAUAUGUUUCGUUUUGUUUUAUUAUUUUCUUAUAUAAUACCGAUCAGUUUAAGAGUAAAUUUAGAUAUGGGAAAAGCUUUUUAUGCUUGGUGUAUACAAAGAGAUAAGGAAAUUGCUGGAACUGUUGUGAGAACUACUACUAUUCCGGAAGAACUUGGACGUAUUUCAUAUUUAUUAAGUGACAAGACUGGCACAUUGACACAGAAUAAAAUGGUUUUCAAAAAAUUACAUUUGGGUAUGAUAUCUUAUGGUCAAGAAACGUUUGACGAAGUUAUGACUGUAUUACAAACGUGUUAUGCAAAUUCUGAAACUUCACCGGUAAAACCAUCAACAUCUAUACAUAGUGGAAAAGUAAGAAGAUCUGAAAGUACUAGAAUAUAUGAUGCAGUUCAUGCUUUGGCAUUAUGUCACAAUGUAACACCAGUUUAUGAUGAAAUAACCAAAUCAGCUAAUUUGGAUACGAUGAGUGUACAGACAGUAGAAACAGGAGAUUCUGGUUCUAUUCAAAGUCAAACUGAAGCAGAUCAACAUUAUUAUGUACCAGAACAAAAACGUAAUUAUCAGGCUUCUAGUCCAGAUGAAGUAGCAUUAGUUAAAUGGACGGAAGAGAUGGGAUUAGCAUUAGUGAAACGCGAUUUAAAUUUCAUGCAAUUAAAAGCUCCAAAUGGCAAAAUUUUGAACUAUACAAUCUUGCAAAUAUUUCCAUUUACAUCAGAAACCAAACGGAUGGGAAUAAUAGUGAAAGAAGAAUCUAGUUCUGAAAUAGUAUUUUACUUAAAAGGUGCGGAUGUAGUAAUGUCCGGAAUAGUACAAUAUAAUGAUUGGCUUGAAGAAGAAUGUGGCAAUAUGGCUAGAGAAGGUUUAAGAACUUUAGUUGUUGCAAAAAAGAAUUUAACAGAAGAACAGUAUCUUGAUUUUGAAGCAAGAUAUAAUUCAGCAAGAAUGAGCGUCAGUGAUCGCGUUUCAAGAGUUGCUGCAGUUGUAGAAAGUUUAGAACGAGAAAUGGAAUUAUUAUGUGUAACUGGUGUUGAAGAUAGAUUACAAGAUAGAGUAAGACCUACAUUGGAAUUAUUAAGAAAUGCUGGUAUUAAGAUUUGGAUGUUAACAGGUGACAAAUUAGAAACGGCAACUUGUAUAGCAAAAUCUUCGCGUUUAGUUUCACGGACACAAAGCCUUCAUGUUUUUAAAUCAGUGGUAACUCGUACAGAUGCGCAUUUGGAAUUAAAUACGUUUCGUAAAAAACAAGAUUGUGCCUUAGUCAUCAGUGGAGAUUCUUUAGAGGUAUGCUUACAAUAUUAUGAACAAGAAUUUUUGGAACUAGCAUGCGGUUCACCGGCUGUUGUUUGCUGUCGAUGUUCACCCACGCAAAAAGCGGAAGUUGUAAGUCUUAUUCAAAGACAUACUGGCAAAAGAACUGCAGCUGUUGGUGAUGGGGGAAAUGAUGUAUCAAUGAUACAAGCAGCAGAUGCCGGUAUAGGUCUUGAAGGUCUUGAAGGAAGACAAGCUUCUUUGGCUGCAGAUUUUUCCAUUUCUCAGUUUAGUCAUUUGGCCAAUCUUUUGUUAGUUCACGGACGUCGAAGUUACAAACGCUCUGCUGCUUUAAGUCAAUUUGUUAUUCAUCGAGGUUUAAUUAUUUCUACUAUGCAAGCUGUGUUUUCUGCGGUCUUUUAUUUAUCAUCUGUAUCAUUAUACCAAGGAUUUUUAAUGGUUGGUUAUGGAACAAUAUAUACAAUGUUUCCCGUAUUUUCUUUGGUACUAGAUAAAGAUGUAUCAGGAAAAAUUGCUCUUACUUACCCAGAACUUUAUAAAGAACUUAGUAAGGGCCGAUCAUUGUCCUAUAAGACAUUCUUUAUGUGGAUUUUAAUAAGUAUAUAUCAAGGAGGUGUUAUAAUGUAUGGCGCACUCAUUAUGUUUGAAGAUGAAUUUAUUCAUAUAGUGGCCAUAAGUUUUACAGCACUCGUCUUGACAGAAUUAAUAAUGGUAGCUUUAACUAUUAGAACAUGGCAUCAUAUUAUGAUACUUGCAGAGAUUUUCUCAUUGGCACUUUAUUUAUUAUCUCUAGUCGUUCUCAAAGAUUAUUUUGAUGCCGAGUUUAUCAAGACCACUGAUUUUCUGUGGAAAGUAUUACUUAUAACUUUAAUUUCUUGUAUGCCAUUAUAUAUUUUGAAAUUUUUACGAAAAAAAUUUUCACCUCCUAGUUACACCAAAUUAUCUUAAAUUUUACAUAACAUUGUCAUUUUAAAUAAUAAAAAUAAUAUGUAUGAAAUGUUGACAAAAUUUUGAAUUGAAAAAGUAGUAAAAUUUUUUUUGAAAUUAAUUAAUUAUUUCUAAUUCAAGCUCUACUAAUGCAAAAUAGAUAAAUUUGCAUUUCAUAAAAUUUUUCAGUAUUUUUUCAAUUUUUUUACAAACAAUAACAAAUACAAACGAUAUAACAAUAUUAAAAAUAAUUUUUAACAAAAUAUUAAUUUAUAAUUUAUAAUUUCUUUUAUUUUAAAUACAUAAUAUUAAGCAUUUUAUUAUAUCAUUAGAUCAAUAGAUCAGAUUCAACUUUAUUUUUCUUUAAAUUCUAAAUUAAUGAUAAGUUUUGUUAAUAAAUUUUGACUGUUAUUAUUAUUGCUAUUAUUAUUAUUGUUAUGCUUACACAUAAUGCUAAUAGUAUAAAUAUAUCUCAAAUUUAUCAGAUUACAAAAUCAAUUGCAAUGAUAAUUGAAAUAAUUGAAAAGAAAUGAAAAUUAGAUAUAUAUCUUCUUUAUCUUUAUUUAUUUUAGUAAACAAUAAUUUUCGUUUCGUAAAAUAUAUUCAUGUAAUAUUUGAUUCGUUUUCAUUUCAUUUUUAUUAUGUAUAUUUGAUUGCAUAUUAUUUACAGUAUUUUAAUUCAUAUAAUAAGUUUAUAAGACAAAUUAAAAGCAUAUGUUUUAUUUGAGAUUUUUUUAAUAUAUUUAAUAAAUAAAAAUACAAAUAAAUAUAUGUGAAGUUAAAUUUUUUUACAAAUUAAAGAUCGAGAUUUUUAUCUAUUAUCAUGUUCUUUUUUUGAUAAUAUUUUUAUUUUAUAUUUCAAAUAAAAUUUAUUAUUUUUAUAAAUUUAUUAUAAAUUUAUUAUACUUAUAAUAUAAUGUAAUAUAAUUUAUUUAUCAUGAAUAUAUACUGCUAUAAUAAAUAAUUUUUAUAUUCAUGCGUAAAUUGUAAUGUAGAUCUAGAUGUAAUUGUUGUUAAUUACAAUGUUAAUGAAAUGUAUCAUACUGUAGAUUAUAUAAUUAUCCUACUAUUUAUAGAUAAAUAAUAUUUCAUCUAAUGACAUAUUUAUAAUUAAUUUAUGUAGAAAAUGUAAUAAUAUAUUCAUUUGAAUUUUUUUGAAUUUA